AUGUCUGGUUAUACGCUGCAGUGCUCCAUGUCCUGCAUGGAGGGCUUUGAUGGGUGCUUUCACCACCGCCGCUUCCCCGAAGCGGACUAUGUGGGUCGCUGCACCCACAUGACCAAGAAGUCCGACUUGAAAGUCCGUUGCUCGUGCAAGUCCCUCCACGGCCGAGACGUUUGCGAGUGGCAUGAACUCUACCCCACGCGCUUUUACUUGGAGGUUAUGCAGGUGGACCGCAAGCCCGCGUAUUACGACUCGGACUCGGACAACGAACCCGGACCAUCGACUCCUCGUCGGGCUCCCAUGAAGCGCACUACCCGCACCCCCGAGGCCUUUUGGGAUGCCGAGGAUCACGAAGAACCCACCUUUGUCUCCCCCGAGCAGAAGGCCGAUGAUGCCAAGAAGGCCGAGGAACUCGCCAGGAUCGUGAGUGCCCUCAUGUCUGUCUCGGACAGAGGCGACGCCAUUGAUACCGAUGCAGUCAACAAGGUGAGCCUCGGACCCGCAGCACCCACUCCCGUCUUUCUCGCUCUCAAUCGCGUCAAUGUUCUCAACUGGCUUCUCUCCACCCCAAAGAUCAUUUCGGGCGUCAUUGGUGAACGCUCCCCCAGAGAACGUCGCACCUUCACUCCCGCACCCAAGGCCACCAAGGGUAUCAAGGUCAAGGCUGAGCGUGGCUGA